GGGAGAGGGAAACGCAACCGAAGAGAAAACCGCGGGAGUUUAACCUUCCAGCGCAAUUCGUCCAGCUGGAAAGGGGAACUGUAUAUGGCUUGGUGAAGUUUACAAUUCGAGCCUGAGAUGACGCAAGAGGAUGUCGUGGUGGUGCUUAAGGCUGAAGUGCUCGCUGCUGGCUUCCCCACUCCACCCCCCUCCUCUCUGCUUCAGGUAGCAGUUUGGUGCUUCCCACAGGAACACUUCCUGGAAUGAAAUUGAUCAGCAGUGAGGAGGAUCGCGCGGAGAGAAAUUGAUACCAGACCUUAAUAGAGAGGGAGCAGAUCCUCACUUGCAGACGGGUCGAAUAAACCAGCCGCCACCCUUUGUGCUCUUAUGGCUUGCGGUCUCAAAGACGAGUUGCUUUGCUCCAUCUGCCUGAGCAUCUACCAGGAUCCCGUGAGCUUUGGCUGUGAGCAUUAUUUCUGUAGGAAGUGUAUCACUGAACAUUGGAACAGACAGGAUCACAGCUCCAGGGACUGUCCCGAGUGCAGGAGGAUCUUCAGGGACCCUUUGCUCUCCCCCAGCCUCAAGCUGUCUAACAUCGUGGAGAGGUACAGCGCUUUCCCCCUGGACGCCAUCCUGCAAGCCCAGAGGAACUCGUUUCCCUGUAAGGACCAUGAUAAAGUCAAGCUGUUCUGCCUGAAUGACAAAUGCCUGGUGUGUUUCUUUUGCGACGAACCUGCUCUACACGAACAGCACCAUGUCACCAACAUCGAGGAAUCCUUUGAAGAAAUCCAGAGGGAGCUGAAGGAUCAAUAUGACGUUUUGCAGGACAGCGAGCACGGGCAUGUGAAGGCCCUACAGCUAUUGAAACGCCAGCUGUCCGAGACAAAGUCUUCUGCAAAGAGUCUUCGAGCGACCAUUGCGGAAGCCUUUGACCGCCUGCACCGUUUCUUGAAGGAGAAACAGAAGUCAAUGCUGGAAGAGUUGGAGACUGACACAGCCCGCACCCUGAAUGACAUUGAGCAGAAGAUCCAACGCUACAGCCACCAGCUGCGCGAGGUGCAGGAGGGAAUGCAGAUCCUGCAGGAGAAGCUUGUCGAGGCAGACAAGCUGCUCUUUCUAGAAGGCAUCAACACUACUUUGGAGAGGUUAAAGGGAAAGAUUCAUGAAACCAAUUUAACAUACGAAGACUUUCCAACCUCCAAGUAUAUGGGCCCCCUGCAGUACACCAUCUGGAAAUCCUUGUUCCAGGAUAUUCAGCCAGUCCCAGCAGCGCUGACUUUGGAUCCUAUAACAGCUCACCAACGCCUCAUCCUCUCAGAUGACUGCACCAUCGUGGCUUACGGUAACCUCCACCCACAGCCUUUGCAAGACUCUCCCAAGCGCUUUGAUGUGGAGGUGUCUGUCCUGGGGUCAGACGGCUUCGACAGUGGUGUCCACUACUGGGAGGUGAUGGUGUCUGAGAAAACGCAAUGGAUGAUCGGCGUAGCGCUGGAGUCCGUUAACCGGAAAGGGAGCAUCCAGAUCCAACCUUCGAGAGGUUUCUAUUGCAUUGUAAUGCAUGACGGGAACCAGUACAGCGCCUGCACUGAGCCCUGGACCCGGCUGAAUGUCAAGUCCAAGUUGGAGAAGGUUGGCGUGUAUUUUGACUACGAUAAAAGCCUUCUGACCUUCUACAAUGCUGACGACAUGUCCUGGCUUUACACCUUCCGGGAGAAGUUCACCGGGAAGUUCUUCCCAUACUUUAGCCCUGGGCAGAGCCACGCCAAUGGGAAAAAUGUUCAGCCGUUGCGAAUCAACACUGUCCGAAUCUAAACAUAUGGGAAAAUUUGCUGGGCUGGAAUCCGAGUUCCCUUUUUGAUUCUGUUACUCUCUCCCACUCCCCUUAUUUUAACUUACGAUUAAGGCCAUCAUUUGUUUUCCCAGUCUUCUGGUCUCCUUGGGUCAUGGCAUUAACUGUUGAGAGGGCACAAAGGGGUAAAAUGUCGUCAGUGUUUUUGGUUGUGUUAUUCACAAAUGGCCCUCCAGGGAAGCGCAUCAUAAUGGGCCUGUGGUGCCUCUUUCCUUUUUUUUUGCCCUUCCCACUUUAUUUGGGACUACCAUGUCUUGACUCUCUCUGCUUCCCCACAGUGACAAGGCGGCAAUCAGGAAUUUAGUGGAUGGGCAUAAGUGCCCUUUUUUUAAUCACUGCAUUUUGCCACCUCAUUGGUUUUAUACCUUAGUCGUUAUAUAUUUUGUCUGUUUGUUUCUUUCUGUCUCUCUCUCUGUCUCUCUCUAUCCUCCCCCAUUCCCAUUUGGCACAGUGCCUGAAACCCGACGUAUCUCGACUUUAACAACCCAGUCACCGGCAUGAGGUUCAAACAUUGGCAUGUUAUGCAGAAAGCAUAGCAGAUGGCUUUUGCCCAGAAUUCUGUUUUGCAUGCCUGUCUGUGUGCCUUCGUGCUUCUUUCCAGGUCAGCCAUCUACAAUUCCCACCCACGAGGCGGGUCAGCAAGAAAUUGAAACUGCAACUGACACAAACUUGACGUGAAUGGGACCAGACGCGAAAUGGACCCCAAACUGCUUUGGGGAUUUUUAGCUGGACUGCAAAAUAAUAAUCGACAACCUGAGAUGUCUUAAAGACUCUUUCACAAAACCAGCGGGCUUUGGUAUUUUGGCUGCAUGUACACUGAUCGAUGAUUUUGGGGCUCUCUUUGUUUUGUGAUUUUUUUUUUUAAACGUGAAUUUUGGUUGAUGGAAGAAGCAGCGAAGGAAAAGGUCCAUUGAUGCUAGACACAUAUGUGACUUGGCCUCGGGCACUGCUUUACUUCAGGCAGUUUGUGUCUUUAAUGAAACACAAGUUAUUUAUGAAUGUUUUAUUUUGGUUAGGGAUUGGGUGGUGAAUGCAGACUGUUCUUAUCUGUCAGGAAUCAUUUAGACUGUAGUUUUAAUGCUGAUGUGAAAUAGUUUUCCCGAGUUGGGGGACUCACGCAGCUUUGGAGUCAGAUUGGGCCCUGACUCUGUAUUUUUACACUAUAAGCUUUGACCUGCGGCAGAAGCUUGACACAUACAUGGUAUUAAGGUUAUACAGUAUGCACACCCUGGGACUGGGGUUCAAAUUCAACAGGGACUUCGAUGGGAUGAAAGUAAUUUCUCUUGGCUAGCCAUUUUAGGUGGUCUCAACCCAUUGAAUGUGGUCAGAAACACAAAAAUGUUUCCGAAACUGUGCUCAGUUGGUAUUUGUGAAAAGGGCUUACAGGGACGGGAAUAGAAAAGUUACAUGAGUCCAUCUGGAUGCUGUUUUGAAGUUGGGACAUCGCCAAGGUGCCUUCAGCAUGUGAAGUCCCUGGCCUGUGAGUGCUUGAUCCUAUGAUAAAGAAAGUGCUCUGCCCUCUCUCCCCUUCAGCAUUGAUCACCCGCCAUGAGCAUUUAUAUGGAACAAAAAGAUGGUGGGAUGUGUUGUAGCUGUUUUGGGGGGAGGGGCAGGGGAGCUGGUUUGGCGGGUUAGGACAGAACAAGACGCAGUACUUAGCUUUAUGUGAUAUAUCUGCAACCCAACGGACUCUUGUCAGUCCUGCUAUUUUUUUGGAUAAGCCAUAUUUCUGCAUGGAAUCUUCCAAUGGAAAAGUCAAAAAUGACAUUUUCUUCUUCUGGAGAAGAUCUCCUCACUGUAUAUUCAAAAGAUGCAAUAUUUAACUCCACUUUCAUCAUCUCCGCACCCUUUUCCUGUCAAUUCUUUCUGUCCUGUAGUGGCUGACUCUUAGUUGGGCACAGUUCCACAGCCUCUAGGCCCAAGCCAGUCCUUGGCAAUGCAUUCACGUGUGAGUUCUGGCUGUGAGUGUUAGACUAUUUGACAUGGGAGGCUUCACAAGUUGAACCCAUUCUUGAUUUUGCCCAAUGUCGUGAUAAGCAGCACUUGCAGCAGAGGUUGUUGGAUAGUAACCUGAUGCAUGGGCUCUGGCUGGUUCCUUUUGGUGUUCUGCCCUUAGAACUCUUAGGCACUGAAAUGUGUCAAGAGUAAAAAUCCCUAUUCAACGCUGAGAGAUUCAAGACCUUCCCGGUCAGUCUGGCUCAGUCAUCUAUUAGACAAACUGAACUGCUGGGGAAAGCUCACUGCCAAGAUUUUCCAGUUUAGCAGUUUGACUCGAAUCUGGCAACCUGGGGUUACGAAGAGUUAUCAGACCCAUCAUUUACCACCUUCCCCUUUUCACUUGAGUAUUUAUUUUUAGGAAGUAUAAUUAUUCAUUUUAUUGCUUUGACUUCUAUGUACUGGCUCAAGGGAAGCCAGAAUUUAAAUGGUAGCUGCUAUGUGACAUUAAAUUGAUUUUCUUGGAGUUAUGAUUAA